AAAAGUGUCUUUCUAAAUGGUUUCAUACAAGAAGAAGUUUAUGUUGAACAACCACUUGGGUUUGUUGAUUUUAAAUAUCCAAAUCAUGUGUAUAAACUUAAAAAAGCACUUUAUGGUUUAAAACAAGCACCAAGAUCAUGGUAUGACAAGCUAAGCAAAUUCUUGAUAGAAAAUGACUAUGUUAGAGGUAAAGUAGACAACACAUUAUUUGUGAAAAAAUUCAAGAAAGAUACAAUGUAUGUUCAAAUCUAUGUUGAUGACAUUGUUUUUGGUUCUUCUAAUCCAUCUCUAUGUGAAGAAUUUGUUAAGACUAUGCAAGGUGAAUUUGAGAUGUCCAUGAAGGGAGAACUUACAUUUUUCUUGGGAUUACAAAUAAAGCAAUUGAAUGAUGGUACUUUUAUAAGUCAAAGCAAGUAUUGCAAUGAGUUACUGAAGAAGUUUGGUAUGGAUGGGUGUAAAGAGGCUGCAACACCUAAUCUUGACUUAGAUGAGAAGGGAACAACUGUUGAAAAUUCAAAGUUUAGAGGUAUUAUUGGAUCAUUAUUGUAUUUGAUAGCUAGUAGACCUAAUAUAAUAUUUGUUGUGUGCUUGUGUGCAAGAUUUCAGGCUAAUCCAAAAGAGUCUCAUUUGAAAUUUGUUAAAAGAAUACCUAAAUAUCUAAAAGGAACAAUAAAUGUAAGAUUGUGGUAUCCAAAAGGAGUCUCACUAAGUCUAAUAGGAUAUUCAGAUUCAGACUAUGCUGGGUGUAGAAUUGAUAGGAAGAGUAAAAGUGGUACCUGUCACCUACAUGGAAGUGCACUUGUCUCAUGGCAUAGCAAAAAGCAAGCAUGUGUUGCUUUAAGUAUAGUUGAGGCUAAGUAUAUUGUUACUUAA